CAAAACAGCGGUUGGGGGUUUCAGUUUAGAGAACGCUGCACAGCCGCUCGGUUCGUGGCGCGAUCGAUGGUCUUGGUUGGUCCCCCCAUUUUAACCGAUCCGAUGUGUUAUUUUCACCGCUUGCAUAUUCAUUACACUUACACGAAAACAAUUACGCGCCUCUGCUCUUUGAAUAACAGCAACAAAGUGAGCCGAGCUGGGCGGUAAAUGGUAGGCCGUAACGUACCGCUCUGCCACAUCUACAUAUUCACUAAACGUGACGUAACAGCGCGGUUUUUGUUAUUGUUUGGCCUGCUCCCCAAACGUGUGACUAUCUAUCUAUAUACGAAUUCGAAAAAUAUAUAUGUACGUAUGUAUGUAUGUAUACCCAGCGUGUAUAUGUAUGUAUCUGAGUGUGGCGUUUUCAUGAACGCGUUCGUGAUCUUUGAAGCAAAGCUGUCCAUUUCACCGCGAAACGCAGCAUAAGGCAACGGCCCAAUAAUCAUCGGUUUUCUAUGUGUGAAUAUAAACUGAUUACUUACAUAUAUGUAUAUAUAACUGAAGACCAAAAUUGCUCACGUAAACCCUAAAGUAUAGACGUGCCUACAUAUACAUUAUUUUUCUGCCGACGUCAUGCCAACAAACAAGCAGUGGCCAGCGAUUUAUGUAAACUGAGAAACAACUUUGAUUCUGGCCAUGUUCAAAUACGGCUGCUAUGGAUCCAAUUUUCUUCUCGCCAACGAAUGGAAUACCGUCAGAGAGUAAACUCGCCACUUAUAUGAAUCGACAGAAUGUCGCCACACCGAGCGGUUAUGGGCUGAAUAACGGGUUCUCACUACUUAAUUUGGAUUCGCCCCUAAAUAAAAAGUCCCAGGUCACGCCGCAGUCGCCCGAGUUCAUUCCAACGCGCCUUGGCUCGACGCCCAACUUCUACGCACCAUAUCACAACGCGCCCAUGCAAUUGAGUAAUGGGCUCAAUGGCGUCAAUGGGUUAACAGCCGCCGCAGCAGCAGCAGCAGCAGCCGCCGCCGCCGCAGCAGUUCCCUCCUCCACGUCAUCGGCAUCCUCCGCCUCGGUGACCAUCAGCAAAACGGCCAACGGCGGCGCCUCCAUGCUCGCCCUGCAAAAGACCGCAUCCAUCGCCUCUGUAACCAUCGCACAACAGCAGCCGCAGCAUCCACAGAAACAGCAACAGCAUCCGCCGUCGGUGGGCGGAGGAGCUGUGUCCGCCGCCUCCGCCCCCAUUGCCAUUAGUGGCGCUCCACCGAAUCCCGCCGCAGCUCCGUUCGUCAGCAGCAUGUCCGCUCAGACGCCGCUCAAGGGGAGGGGCGCCAUGAUGCGACAGGAAUCACCGACAGCAGCCAUGAUUUCGGGCGCAGGACCAGGUGAGAAGUCGCCACCGCACGGGAUGACGCCGCACGGAGCAUCGCCCAUACCAUCAGCGCUGCCCACCAGCGUGCACCAGGAGAACGUAGGCGGCACCAUAUACUUCUAUCCGACUGCCAACGCACAGAACAGCCAGCCCGUCGUCAAUUCCAUGGUGGUGGACGGAACGCAUCCGGCUCUCCAUGGCGUGAGUGCUGUGGCGCCGAUGAGUGCGGGCGUUCCGGCGGCCAUGAUGUACACGGGGCAUGUGUAUCCGGGACCGUCCUCCAAUGUGGUCACCAUGCAGCCAAAGACGCUGCUGGAGUCGGCCUUCUUUAUGCCUGACGAGAUGCGCACCGAAGUCCUUGCCCGCAACGAGAUCUCUAACCUGAUCAUGGACGCAGCGGAGGCUGCGCAGCACGCUCUACCGCUGGAGGUGGAGAACUACCAUGCCCUGUAUCCACUGGAACCGCCGGCGCAGCCGUUGCACGCCAAGCUCACGUUCCCCGCCACCACGUAUAGGGCUACGCACAACACGACGGGCUACAAGUACUGCCUGCGAAGGAUACAUGGUUUCCGCCUGCAGUCGACCAAGUGCAUGACGCUGGUGGAGAUGUGGAAGAAGCUGCAGCACACGAAUGUGGUACAACUGCGUGAGGUGUUCACGACGAAAGCAUUUGGUGAUAACUCUUUAGUAUUAGUGUACGACUAUCAUCCCGGCUCACAAACAUUACUGGCCAAAUACUUCACUCCGGCGCCAGAGACCAACGGGUACACUGAUCCAUUCCAAGGCGAGGCCCGCCCCUUCAGUCAUAAGAGUAACAUGCAGCGAACGAGCAAUGGACCCCUGCUACCGGAGGCCACCAUCUGGUCGAUCAUCAUGCAGCUGACCGCCGGCUUAAAGGCCAUCCACCACGCCGGUCUUGCCUGCAAAGUUCUGGAUCCCACAAAGAUCAUAGUGACGGGCAAGCGUGUACGGUUUAGCUCAUGCUGCAUUUCGGAUAUAACGCAAUUCGAUCCGAAUGCAUCCAAUCCCUUGGCCCUGGUUAAUAUGCAUCAGCAGGACGAUCUGACCGCUUUGGGUCGCUUAGUAUUAGCUUUGGCCUGCCGCUGCCUUCAAUCCGUGCAACGCGACAAUGUCCAGUCGAGCAUCGAUAUGGUCACGCGAAACUACUCCACCGAUCUGCGGAACUUCAUUGUUUACCUCUUCACCACCAAUAACCGUCGCUCCGUGACCGACCUGAUGCCAAUGAUUGGUGCCCGCUUCUAUACGCAACUGGAUGCACUGCAGAGCAAAAUUGAUAUGCAGGAGGACGAGUUGGCCAAGGAGAUGGAGAACGGGCGGUUAUAUCGCAUUUUGGUCAAACUUAACAGCAUCAACGAGCGACCCGACUUUAAUCUGGACUGCACUUGGUCCGAGACUGGUGAUAGAUACAUGUUGAAAUUAUUCCGUGAUUAUUUGUUCCAUUCCGUCACUGAGGAUGGCCGGCCCUGGCUAGAUCACGCACACAUUGUACAAUGCCUCAACAAGCUGGAUGCUGGCUCCAUAGAGCGCGUGCAACUGAUGUCCCGCGACGAGCAAUCGGUACUCAUCGUCUCCUAUGCUGAACUCAAGAAUUGUCUGGAGAACGCCUUCUCCGAACUGAUGUCAAGUGCGGCCAACUGAGCAACUCGAGGGUAAAAACAGCAAACAAACAGAAAACACGCGCAGCUCACUUAGCCACCCUCCGCACGACCACAAAACGACUACGAUAAAGGAUUAGAUACUAAGAAAAACAUUCAUUACGACUAAGACAUUUUGAGAACCAUAAACAAGUAAAAUACGAAGAUGUUUAUUGUUAAGCCAAACCGAAAAAGGAACGUAAAACAAAAAAAAAAGUGAAAACCGAUAUCCAAUGUUAUGUUAGCUCUAACUAAAUUUUAGGCAUUUAAAACAAUACAAAAAGAAACAACUGCAACCACAAAAAAUAAACCAACAACUUUUUGAAACCGAAAUCUCUCCAAAAGAAAAAGCAAAACCACAAAAAAAUGCAAACAUUACAAAAAAAGAAGAAAAACGAACUUAAAGCAAAAAAAUUUGAAAAAUUUGUUAAAAAAUGCAAAAAAUACAUAAAAAAAAGGAAAAAAGAAAUCACGAAAAAGAGCCGAGAAAACAUGGAUCUAUUUUUACAGAGCUAAGAGAGGAUGAAAGUAUUUAUAAAUAUGUAUUAAAAAUCGAAAGAAAAAAAUUGUAAAAUUUUGCAACAAUAAAUAACUGUAAUGACAAACAAUGGCAACAGUGCAGCAAAUCGUUGAGCAACAACAAAAAAAGAUAAAUUCAAUGCAGAGUAGAUGGAUAAAGAUAAAGAUUAUGAGAAACAUAGAGAAACUAAGAAAGUGAACAACAAGGAACCACAUCAAAUGUUUAUAAAGCAUGUCUGACAAUGAUCGCCUGCCUCUUCUCCCCUACAGUAAACAAAAAAUACAUGGAAAAGAAGUUACGAAACCGAAAACAAUUGGAUAGGAACGAAAAGCGAAAGGCGCAGACGAGCUAGAACGACAGCCGAGAACGUUUUUUAUUUUUCAAACUGUAUUUUUUAUAGCAAAAUAUUUUAAAAUGGAAAAAACACAAAUUUUCUAAAUACAAUUUAAAAUGUUUACAAAAACCAAAAACAAAACGAGAUGAGAAACUAUGUAUUUGUAAAGAAAAUGUAAAUGUUGGUUCAUGGAACAUGCAAAGCGACGCACAGCGCGACUCUAGAAAGUAGCUCAACGAGAUACUCAAAUCUUAAUGAAAAACUGAAACUGAAAACUCGAAAAAAAAAAACUGUAACGAAACCGAGACCGCAACUAAAAUCGAAAAGAAAUUGUCUAGGCCAAUAGCGUGAUAUGUACAUACAUCCAUUUUGAAAGAGUCUGCGACACGCAAUAUCUACAUUCGAAACAUUUGUGUUGGUCCAUAUUAAGAUACGCUCUCACAUGCCGAUCAACGAUCCAAGUGCAUAUACAUGCAUACAUAUGUGUAUUGCCACGCACGCGCUGAACAUCCGAGUACAAUAUUUUGCUAAUGAAAGUCUGUCUCUAGUUGUAAAACUCAUACCCGCUAUAUUCCAAUCCUCCAAUCCAAAAGUCGCGUUGCGCCUGCGCGGCCGCAUAUCUCCCAACCGAAGAUCGAAAGCCAGCCAGCCAAUUGAUCCGAUCGAAACGAGAGAUCGGGGCUACUGAAAGGCUUCAACUACUCCGCACCACCUCCAGAUACCAGAUACCAAAUCACACGAAAAGGGAAAAGCAAGGAACUUUUAAAUACAUAUUAAGUACGAUUUGAUUUCAAGACUCGUAGCCACUGCAUAUUGAUAUCAUUUUUUGUUGCAACGAAAUGACGAUGAUGGAGAGUAAGAAAUCUAAAGGAUCCAAUUUUACAGAGUCCGCUCACAAUUCAUCUAAGCAAAACUUUUCAAUUUUGGCAAUUCUAUCCUAAGUGUUAUA